UGGGAAACAUGUCGGCUUCCCAGACAACGACAAAGGAGCUUCCUGAAAAAGAUGACACAAAAACACCAACGGAUUCAUCACCAGGACCAGGAGAAGUAAAGAAAGAUGAUGCAGCCUUCAUCACGUCUGCUGCAGCCAACAAAUCGGAGCCUGAAGGCGGCGAGCCGACAGAGUUGCAGCCAGAGAGCGAGGCUGCUGAGGAUGCAGAGAAACAGUCCCCCGAGUCUUCCCCGCUAAAUAAACCUGCUGCAGGUCAUGCAGCAAAGUCCAUUUCCUCAAUGUCUUCGUCUCCCUCUACGUCCUCGAAUUUAUCGCCUGGUCGGGCAAAGAUGAGUGUUUCUGGACCUUCUGCCAAUAAAUCCAUCCACUCACCUCCUCCUUCAUCCUCCUCAUCUUCCUCUACCACAGUUUCUCCAUCUCCUUCCGUCUCCCCCGGCCCACAUAAGAUCCACCGGGCCCGCAAGACCAUGAACAGACCUUCGAUAGGCCAAAUGAGCCACACUGAAGCUCCUGCGGCGUCAGAAUCCUCCACCUGCCUCUCCUCUGAUGCUGAUACUGUUGCUAAGAAAAGAAAACUGAGCCUUUUAUCAGAGAGUGAACCUGGGAGAGUUAAAGACAGUUCAGAGAAGACUCAGUCUGUGGAUAAAAGCUGUUGGUCAGAGGACGAUGGAGGCAAAAUAAUCCAAAUAUCCAGUCCGACCACGAGUCAUUCUGAAAAGAGUUCAGAGUCGGAAACUCCGAGAGUCGUCCGGAGUAGAAACGAGAGCGGAGAGUCUUCGUGGGCUCCGUCGGAUCAGAACACAAACAGAAAUGCACACAGUUUGGUGGAAACAGAGGAAGCAGAAAGGUCUGGAGAGUACACAGAGGUGCCUUUGGGUGACCUGGACAUCGCUGCUGCCGACAGCCUGACUCUUUCUCCUCCAGCUGAGGGAAGUGACGCAGGCGACAUGGAACAUCUGGAGGAGCUUCCUCUGUGCAGCUGCAGGAUGGAGGCCCCUCGUGUGGACAGCACCAGCCAGCGGGUCAGCAGACAGUGCAUGGCUACGGAGAGCAUCAACGGAGAGCUGCGAUCCUGCACCAGCUGGACCAGUAAAGGAGAAACAAUGCGGCCGUCCAGUCGGAUUCCCCUCAUGGUUCUCUGCGACGUCCAUCGCUCUCACAUGGUCAAACACCACUGCUGUCCCGGGUGUGGAUACUUCUGCAUAGCAGGCACUUUUCUUGAGUGCUGCCCAGACCAGCGCAUCACUCACCGUUUCCACCGCGGUUGCGUGACGGUGCUGAGCGGCGGGCGCAGCAGGGCGAGCGGCGGCGGCAUGCUUUUCUGUCCUCACUGCGGCGAAGAUGCGUCGGAGGCCCAGGAGAUCGCCAUCCCCUCCUCUGCCUCGUCCUCCGCGGCCACUGUCGUCACCAUGUUUGCUUCCUCCACGACGACUCCCUCUCUGCCCCCGUCUGUCCCCGCGGCUCCUUCUCUCACGGCCUCAACGGGAGGGAUGAAGGAUGGGAAGAUGCCUGAAAGACCCGUCAGUGCUCGGAUGCGCAGCCAUGGUUUGGUAACUCCGGCGGUGGAGCAGCAGCAGCAGACUCCACAGCCCGUAGCCUCAGCGGUCACCGUAGCCGCAGUCCCUCCAGCAGAGGAGGGAGUGGACAGCGUGGGACCAUCGGUCUGCAUGCCAAACGGGAAACCAGUCAGUCCCAGCACACUUCCACCCGGACCCAGCAGGGCGGCGCUGCAGAAAGCCAUUCUGACGCAGGAGACGGAGAGGAGGAAGAAGCUGAGGUUCCACCCUCGACAGCUCUAUCCUGCCACCAAGCAAGGAGAGGUUCAGCGAGUGCUGCUGAUGCUGAUGGAGGGCAUAGAUCCAACAUACCAGCCUGAAUCUCAGAACCGGCGCUCUGCUCUUCACGCUGCAGCUCAGAGAGGGCUGCUGGAGGUCUGCUACAUGCUGGUUCAGGCCGGAGCUAAUGUGGACGCCAAAGACAAAGACCUGAGGACCCCCCUGUUGGAAGCCAUCAUCAACAAUCACAUCGACGUGGCUCGGUACCUGAUCCAGAACGGCGCCUGCGUCUAUCAUGUCGAGGACGAUGGGUACACUGGCCUUCAUCACGCAGCCAAGUUUGGAAACUUGGAGAUCGUUAAAAUGCUUCUGGAGACCGGGCAGGUUGACGUGAACGCACAGGACAGCGGCGGCUGGACGCCGAUCAUCUGGGCUGCGGAGCACAAACAUGUUGAGGUGAUCAAGACGCUGCUGAACAGAGGAGCUGACGUCACCAUCAACGAUAAGGAGCUGAAUGUUUGUCUCCACUGGGCGGCGUACGCAGGAAAUGUGGACAUAGCAGAGAUGGUGUUGAACUCCGGCUGUUCGCUCUCCUCGGUUAACGUGCACGGAGACACGCCGCUCCACAUCGCUGCCAGAGAGGGAUUCUUAGACUGCGUUACGUUGUUUCUGUCCAGAGGAGCAGAUAUUGACAUCGUGAACAGAGAAGGAGACACGCCCCUCACCCUGGCGAGGGCCGACACACCGGUGUGGGUUUCUCUUCAGAUCAACAGGAAGCUGCGACGAGGAAUAACCAACCGCCUGAUUCGAACAGAAAGGAUCAUCUGCAGUGACGUCGCGCAGGGCUACGAGAACAUACCGAUCCCCUGCGUGAACGCCGUGGACGACGAGGGCUGCCCUUCAGAUUACAAAUACGUUUCCGAAAACUGUGAAACUUCAGCGAUGAACAUAGACCGCAAUUUCACACACUUACAGCACUGCAACUGCAGUGACGACUGCUCAUCCAGUAACUGUCUCUGUGGUCAGCUGAGCAUCCGCUGCUGGUACGACAAGGACCAGCGGCUGCUUCAGGAGUUCAACAAAAUCGAGCCUCCGCUCAUAUUCGAAUGCAACAUGGCGUGUUCUUGUUAUCGAACAUGCAAGAACAGGGUGGUGCAGGCAGGAAUAAAAGUUCGUCUGCAGCUCUACAGGACCGAGAAGAUGGGAUGGGGAGUUCGAGCGAUGCAGGACAUUCCCCAGGGAAGCUUCAUCUGCGAAUAUGUUGGAGAGCUAAUAUCUGAUGCUGAAGCUGAUGUUAGGGAAGAUGACUCCUACCUGUUUGACCUGGACAACAAGGAUGGGGAGGUGUACUGCAUUGACGCCCGGUACUACGGCAACAUCAGCCGCUUCAUCAACCACCUGUGUGACCCAAACCUCAUCCCGGUGCGUGUGUUCAUGCUGCAUCAGGACCUGCGGUUCCCCCGCAUCGCCUUCUUCAGCUCCAGGGACAUCCUCAGUGGGCAGGAGCUGGGGUUUGACUAUGGAGACCGGUUUUGGGACAUAAAGAGCAAAUAUUUCACCUGUCAAUGCGGAUCGGAGAAGUGUAAACACUCUGCCGAGGCCAUCGCCAUGGAGCAGAGCAGGCUGGCUCGGAUGGACGCCUGCUCAGAAUCAGGAACCGACUAUGGGAUGCUCAUGCUGGGAAACUCUUAAAACACUUACCCAUAAGGCCUUUGGUCGAACCUGGUUUACACACAUUUCAAUGCUAGGAAUGAAUUUGGUUUGUUUUUCGUUCCUGGUUUGCUAAACACGGUGCUGUUACGCUUUUAGUUUUCACUUGAAUCCUUUUCAGAAAUCGUCACUUUAUCAUAUUCAC